ACGACGAGCACACGUCGAACACCAGGCAUUACAUAAUAAAUCUCCCUGCGAGCGUUACAAUAGAGCCGUUGCCGAAACAGCUGAACCAACAGCAAGAGGUGGCCAACAGAAUAGCCGGUUUUUGAGUUUUUAAGUUUUUAAACGAGAGAGAGAGCCACCGCUUAACUGACGUGUCAUUCAACUCGAUCGAGAAGCCGAGAAAACCGAGAAUUUCAGAAUUUCAGAGAGCACAGCCAGUCCGCGCUGACAACCGGCAAGUGUAGGGUCAAGUUCAGAAGUCUCUGUUUUUGCCACGAAGAUGAUGCGGAUUUUGGUGACUCUGCUGCUGGCCGCUCUCCACUCGCUGCCCUCCACCUGGGCCAUAUCCUGCACUGGCUGCGUGGACCUGGAUGAGCUUAACUUCCAGAAGACUGUGGAGCGAUUUCCCUACGCGAUUGUCAAGUUCGACAUUGCAUUCCCCUAUGGGGAUAAACAUGAGGCUUUUGCCGCCUUCUCGAAGGCCGCCCAUAAGGCAACCAAAGAUUUACUAGUGGCCACCGUGGGCAUCAAGGAUUAUGGCGAAUUGGAGAACAAGGCCCUGGGCGACCGUUACAAAGUUGACGACAAGAACUUUCCGGCUAUCUUCUUGUUCAAAGGCAGUGUCGAGGAGUACAUCCAGCUCCCCAGCCACAUGGACGUUACACUGGAUAAUUUGAAGGCCUUUGUCAGUAGCAACACUCCACUGUACAUCGGUCGCGAUGGCUGUAUCAAGGAGUUCAAUGAUGCCCUGAAGAACUACGCCAAUGUGCCCGAUGCAGAGCAACUGAGUCUCAUCGAGAUCCUGCAAGAGAAACAGGAGCUGCUGGCCAAUCCCGAGGAGCAGCAGAGUGCCAAGGCCUAUUUGGUGUACAUGCACAAGAUCCAUGAGCUGGGGUACGACUUCCUGGAGGAGGAGACCAAGCGCCUGUUGCGCCUCAAGGCCGGCAAGGUCACAGAGGCCAAGAAGCUGGAGCUCCAGAGGAAGCUGAACAUCCUGGAGGCCUUCAGAGUUCACAAGGUCACAAAGACCUCGUCCGGGAAGGAGGAGCUCUAAACUUGUCAAUUUUAAUCUGUUAAAACUGUAAAAAAUAAGAAAAUCUCUUACAUUCUAUUAAAAAGCCGGAACUUGGUCCAGAAAUGUAAAUGUACAAAAAAUAAGAAUAAACCAAACGAAUUUUGGUUCCACAUAAAUAUUGUAUUUAUCCCAAAGAUAAUUGGAUUUUAAAUAAUAUUUUUAAUUUUAGUCAUGCUAACCGAAGACGACCAAACAUGUAAAAUAAUUUUAGAGCUACAUAUAUAGGUUUUGUUGAAUCUGUUUUACAAAGGGGACGAAAAUAUAAUUUUGAACACUUUUCACACCCGAUUUUCUGCUCUCAAACACAAUACACUUCCGAAACACUUCAAACAUAUCUAAAUCCUAAAUUAAAUACAAUAAAUAAUGCGAAAACAAA